CUAUUUAGUUGUAGCGCAACGUGUACUAUUCAUGCACUUUUAAUCUCUAGAUAAUGUUAUUAGGUCUGAUCAUCAUGCCCUUCUAUAUAAGAACUAACCAAUAUAGCUUUCUUGACUUGCACAUCAUACAAACUCCUAUAUCCUCGCACAUUUCAAAAAAAAUCUAUAGAGCAUAUUCAUUAUAUUACUCCAUUCAUCCUCACAUACUUAUUACUAGCUGAUAAAAUGGAUCCUAAAUUAGGUGCUAAUAAUACACCAAGCAUAGAAGUUGUAAUUGAUGAUACACCAAAUCCUAAGAGUAUUAACAACAAAAAUAAGGUCAGCCUACACGAUCAUUUUGUGUUCAACAUAUUAGGAAGUUUCCAUGCAGGAUACUUUAGGAUAAGCCUAGGCUUAUGCGCGCAAGUCUCGUUGUGGAAAGCUCUAGUUCGAUUCACCCAAGACAGCCAUGAUCCUCAUUUGCACCCUGUGCUACUUAUGUUACCAACAAUGGCCUCGACUCUACUAUGGUCGAUGGCCUUAAUGGUCUUAAUUUCGCUAUCAAUCUUCUAUGCAUUGAGGUGUUUAUAUCACUUCGACAAGGUGAAAGAUGAGUUCUUACACCAUGUAGGAGUAAACUAUUUGUUUGCUCCUUGGAUGUCAUGUCUUUUCUUGCUUCAAACUUCACCGAUUCUUGUUGUUCCUACUGGUAGUAUUUACCAACAAUUAACGUGGUGGAUGCUAGUUUUACCUAUUAUUAUGCUCGAUAUCAAGAUAUAUGGGCAAUGGUUUAUAAAGGGGAAACGUUUUUUAGCCAAAGUGGCUAACCCAGCUUGUCAAUUAUCGGUGAUUGCAAAUUUGGUUGGUGCAAAGGCAGCAAUAUAUAUGGGAUGGACGGAGAUUGCGUUGUGUUUUUUUGCAUUGGGUAUGGCUCACUACUUGGUGUUGUUUGUCACUCUUUACCAAAGACAUCCAGGGUGUAAUGGUGUUUCAGUGAAAUUAAGGCCUGUUUUUUUCUUGUUUAUCGCGACGCCGAGCAUGGGUAGCUUAGCAUGGAGUUCAAUCACCGGCGGAACGUUUGAUGUUACAUCAAAGAUGCUCUUCUUUCUCUCUAUAUUUCUCUUCAUGUCCCUGGUUUGUAGGCCAACUCUAUUCCAGAAAUCUAUGAGAAAGUUCAGCGUAGCGUGGUGGGAGUUCUCAUUUCCUUUGACAAUACUUGCCUUAGCUUCUAUCGGAUACGCGCAAGAGGUGAAGAGUGGCGUAGCACAAGCACUAGCUCUGGUCUUAUCAAUUAUCUCAAUGAUGGUGUCUCUUUCUCUAAUGGUCUUCAGCACAAUCAAAAUUAACAGCUUGUUCCUUCAGCCAAAUCACAGUACUAAAUAAUGUGAUAAUGAUGUAGUUACCACUCUUUUGUAUGUAACGCGUAUAUUGCAUAUAACAAGUUUUAGUCACCGAAAAAUUACAUAAAAGUUAUUUUUAAAAUAAUUAUGUAGAAGUUAACUUUGUAAUGGGUAGCUUUUAUGUGAUUAAAGGUCACUAAAACUUGUUGUAUAUAAUAAACCUGUUUAUAUACAAGUUUUGUAUGUUGCACUAAUGGUUUGAAAUUUUAAUAUUUAUUUUUCUCUCAAAGAGGAUAACGGCUCGAAUGGAUAAUUAGCUUACACAUCUACUUUAGCUAUAGAUAGUAUUGUGAUAGAAUUAUGAUAUGUAUAUUUCACAUCUCUGAAGACAGAUGACAUUAAUAAAGAA